AAAACAUAGUUCUAGGGUUUUAGAUUGUUGCUUGUGUUGUACCUACUGUACUAGGAUCCGUGUCUGACAGCACCGAUAAAUCGCUAUGACUGCUCAGACCCAAGAGGAGCUUCUUGCGGCACACCUCGAACAGCAAAAGAUCCAUCAUGAUGAGCCAGUAGUUGAGGAUGAUGAUGAUGAGGAAGAGGAGGAGGACGACGACGAUGAUGAUGAUGAUGAGGAUGAUGCCGAAGGUGAUGUAUCUGGCAGGUCCAAGCAGACUAGAAGUGAAAAGAAGAGUCGUAAGGCAAUGCUUAAACUUGGAAUGAAACCUGUCACCGGUGUUAGUCGCGUGACUGUCAAGAAGAGCAAGAACAUCCUGUUCGUUAUAUCAAAACCAGAUGUGUUCAAGAGUCCAACUUCAGACACAUACAUUAUAUUUGGGGAAGCUAAGAUUGAAGACUUGAGCUCGCAGCUACAAACUCAGGCAGCAGAGCAGUUCAAGGCUCCUAAUUUGAGUAAUGUGGGAUUGAAGCCUGAAUCCUCUAUUAUUGCUCAAGAUGAUGAGGAUGUGGAUGAGACCGAUGUAGAUCCCAAGGAUAUAGAGUUGGUGAUGACUCAAGCUGGUGUGUCAAGGUCAAGAGCUGUUAAAGCUCUCAAAGCUUCCAGUGGCGACAUUGUUGCUGCCAUUAUGGAGCUAACAAAUUAAUGCUCAAAUUUAGUAGAAUUUUAGAAUUUGGAAUGUGGGGCUAUUUUUCUUUGUUAAUCGAAAUUUUUGCUCUCCUUGGAUUUGAAAUAGUGGUUUGCCAAUAUUUACCUUUGCCUUAUUCUGUUUUCUCUGUAGUUGUCCGUGUGGAAUGAAAUGACUACCAUCUCAUUCGCCACGUGUUGAUGUUUAAUGUUUAAUGCCAAGAAUAAUUUGACACCUCGUCUGAGAGCUGUUAGAUAAAAAAAAAUCAACGACUCUGAUUUGUAAGCAUGUGAUACCAUUGAUCUUUUUUGAUCUGGCUAUCAGGUGAGGUGUCAAAUUUUAAAUUUGACACCGGUGUCAAUGGAUCUUACCUCAAUUA